GUUAGCAGGGUGGCCAACAGACAUUCAUAUUCUCUCGUAACCUCUUAUAUAUUGUCAAUUUUACGGAGCUUUGUCUAUCUGAAAUUUCAUCAGUGAGUGAGAAUACAAAAUGAAUGAUAUUAUAAAUUACAUAUUUUUUGACGAAUUUGCUGGUUACAAUUUAGAAAAACGUCGAAGACCACGUUAGAACCAAGAGGUUACGAGAAAAUAUGUGUCUGUUGGUCACCCUGCUAACUUUAACCGUCGGUUAAUCUAACCGUGGUUGGUGAAAUUGGCCCUUAAGUGGAACGCAGUCCUAGUGAUUUUAGCCGGACCUUCUCUCUACUGUGACGUCCUCGGUGGCGCAAUCUCGCAUUACAUAUUAAAGAACAUUGACGGGUGACGCAUUGUACGUGAUGGAUCACGUCACUAAUCUAUAAUGCACACGUUAUCAAUUUUUAAUCAUAUUUAUGAAUCAUUGAAGUACAAACCUAAUUGUCGAAUCCGAUCGACGAAAUUCUUUUUUUAUUUUGUGUCAAAAUGUAUUUUCUUCUGACAAGAGUUCUUAACCAAUCGAGUUGACAAAAUCUUCAUCAGAUGACUGCACAUCAGAUGUUUUUGAUGCCUUUUUUCAUUAAUUGCCUCGCACUUUUUUUCUGGAUUACCGAAAAGAAACGUCAUGAAUGCGAGCGUAAGUCAGCUUGUGAAUCAAGUGGACAAGAACAAUUUUAUACUAUACACAGAAUGGGAGGAUACAUCUUUCAAAAUAAUAGUGUUGAGGACAUGUACGCUACCAUUAAGUGGCGAGAUGCAUGCAGAGAAUGCCAAUUACUUCUUAAAUCACUUGGACGAAUCCUUUGAAACGUAUCUGGAGAAAACAAAACAAGCAUUCUCUGGGAAAAACACUGAUAUACAGUUCUUUCUGCAGGAUGAAUCAUAUGGAACAACAUUCACAUGGAAACAACAAAAUGUUCUUACUCGUGGAGAAAUUGCAAUGCAUUCUCUUUCAAAUAUAUUAAUUCUGUCUGACACUUUAAAACAGUCAUUAGAAUUUUAUCAACAAUACCAAGAGCGAGCACUGGCACUGGAGAAAGAGAAUGAACAUCUAAAGAAAACCAAUACAAAACUGAUCAUGGAUUUAGAGGAAAUAAUAAACAAGAAGACCACUAUGGAGAAAGAUCUUUACAUGAAAUUUCUUUUACUUCUAAAUACAAAGAAGAAAAAGAUUAGAGAGCUUCAAGAGGCUUUAAAUAAUACAAAAAAGUCAGCAUAUAAUGAAACCACUGAUGAUGAAAGUGAUGGAUCAGAUGUAAAGAGUAAGAAAAUACACAAUACUAAACCAUCUAAGCUAAGGAAACACAAAAUUGAUUAUGAAAAUGAGGAAGUUAUACCAAAGAGUAGUAAGAAAAAUUUUAAGAGAUGCAUGAAUUUCUCUUCUAGUGAAGAUACAAGCCCUGAGCCUUCAACAAGUAAAGUCAAUUUAAUGUUACAAAACACAAAUAUGUAUGAUAGAGUGAAAUCCAAGCAAGUUUUUAACAGUUUAGAAGAACAUAAUAGCUCCGAGGAGGAUAUGUUUUCCUAAUAACCAAAGUAAUAUAUUGCGUUCUUUUCC